UCUCAUGGUCUUUGCGGUUCCGUAGGCCAAACCGUUUUCUCACUUUGCUCUUCGGCGAAGGCAAAAUUGAUCUCUUUCUCUCUCUAUAAUUCCAUCUUUUUCUCUCUCUAAAAUCUUUCUCUUUCUCUCUCUUUUCUCCCUCGCAAUUUCCAGUACUGUUGAAUAUCUGAACAACAGUCAAAUCUAGGAGCCAACCCAGUCCAUUUCAAGGCAAAUCUCCGAUUUUUUGAGGGAUUAAGCGAAAUUUUAGAGGGAUUGGAGAUUCGUGCAAGGGAGACAGUCGCUGUUAGUGUACUUGUCGUUUCUUCUCAGUGUGUGGAUCUGAGUUUGAGGUUUUGAUUAUCUUGUAUCGGUUUUUGACUCCUGCGUUUGGAGAUUCUUGUUGGGUCUGGGUCGAUUUUGCUUAGUUUGUGGAGGAAAUUUAGGGGGUGAUUGGGUUUCUCUCCACUUGACUGCGGCGAAGAUGUCUAGCUUUGUGGGUGUUCUUGUUUCUGAUCAAUGGCUUCAAAGCCAGUUCACACAGGUGGAACUUCGAAGCCUGAAAUCCAAGUUUAUGGCGGUAAGGAAUCAAAACGGCAAAGUUACAGUAGGAGAUUUGCCAGCUCUAAUGGUAAAAUUGAAGGCAUUCAGUGAUAUGUUUAAAGAGGAGGAGAUUAGAGGAAUCUUGGGUGAGUCAGGUGCAGACAUGAAUGAUGAGGUCGAUUUUGAAGCCUUUCUUAGGGCAUAUCUGAAUUUGCAAGGUCGGGGAACAGAAAAAUUGGGUGGUACGAAUCACUCUUCAUCAUUCCUCAAGGCCACCACAACCACCCUUCUUCACACUAUUAUUGAAUCAGAGAAGGCAUCUUAUGUGGCCCAUAUCAACAGCUAUCUUGGGGAUGACCCAUUUCUGAAGCAAUAUCUUCCUUUAGAUCCAUCCACAAAUGACCUGUUUGAUCUUGUAAAAGAUGGAGUUCUUUUAUGUAAGCUUAUCAACGUUGCAGUGCCAGGGACAAUAGAUGAACGAGCUAUUAACACCAAACGGGUACUAAAUCCAUGGGAGAGGAAUGAAAACCAUACCCUUUGCCUCAACUCUGCAAAGGCCAUUGGCUGCACGGUGGUGAACAUUGGGACACAGGACUUGAUUGAAGGAAGACCUCAUCUACUACUUGGAUUAAUUUCUCAAAUUAUAAAGAUCCAACUGUUAGCAGAUCUUAAUCUUAAGAAGACGCCUCAACUUGUGGAAUUGGUGGAUGAUGGCAAUGAUGUUGAGGAGCUUAUGGGCUUAGCCCCUGAGAAGGUUUUAUUGAAAUGGAUGAAUUUCCACCUUAAGAAAGCUGGCUACAAGAAGCCCAUUACAAAUUUUUCUUCUGAUUUGAAGGAUGGAGAGGCUUAUGCUUACCUGCUUAAUGUUCUUGCACCAGAACACUGCAGUCCAGCAACCUUGGACGCAAAGGAUCCCACUCAUAGGGCAAAGCUGGUACUUGAUCAUGCAGAGAGAAUGGACUGCAAACGAUACUUGAGUCCAAAGGACAUUGUUGAAGGCUCACCAAAUUUAAAUCUUGCAUUUGUUGCUCAAAUAUUCCAUCAAAGGAGUGGGCUGUCUGCGGACUGUAAAAAUAUUUCCUUUGCAGAGAUGAUGACAGAUGAUGUGCUAAUAUCUAGAGAAGAAAGAUGCUUUAGGCUGUGGAUCAACAGUCUUGGAAUUGUUACUUAUGUCAAUAAUUUGUUUGAGGAUGUGAGAAAUGGAUGGAUACUCUUGGAAGUGCUUGACAAGGUUUCUCCAGGAUCUGUUAACUGGAAGCGUGCAUCAAAACCUCCCAUUAAGAUGCCAUUCAGAAAAGUAGAGAACUGCAAUCAAGUCAUAGGGAUAGGGAAGCAAUUGAAAUUUUCCCUUGUGAAUGUAGCUGGAGAAGAUAUUGUACAGGGAAAUAAGAAGCUCAUACUUGCUUUCCUAUGGCAGUUGAUGAGAUAUAAUAUGCUCCAGCUCCUAAAGAACUUGAGAUUCCACUCCCAAGGGAAAGAGAUGACUGAUGCUGAUAUCCUGAAAUGGGCAAAUAACAAAGUGAAGCGCACAGGCAGAACUUCUCAAAUGGAGAGUUUCAAGGAUAAGAACCUGUCCAAUGGAAUAUUCUUCCUUGAUCUUCUCAGUGCUGUGGAGCCAAGGGUUGUCAAUUGGAACCUGGUUACUAAGGGUGAAAGUGAGGAAGAGAAGAAGUUGAAUGCUACUUACAUAAUCAGUGUUGCGAGGAAACUUGGGUGUUCUAUUUUCUUGUUGCCUGAGGACAUCAUGGAGGUAAAUCAGAAGAUGAUCCUCACUCUAACAGCGAGUAUCAUGUACUGGAGUCUGCAGCAACCAGUUGAAGAGCUGGAGACAUCUUCAUCCCCUGCUGAUGCAGCCACUACUGCCAGCACUACUAGCACUACUCCUGAUGCAUCCCCAUCAGCAUCUGUGAAUGGCGAGGAUGAAAGCUCCCUGAGUGGUGAAAUCUCGAACUUGAUCAUUGAUGAUGCAGCUUCUGAUACCACAGUUUCCUCACAGGUUGAAAACGAGGCUCCUGAUACCACUACCACAGUUUCCUCUCAUAUUGUAAACGACAACACCCCUAUAGGCGAUUGAAGUUUGAAUAUAAAGUGCUUUUGUGUGAAUGGUGCAACUACAUUUUCAGCCAAGUGGGUUAUAUCCCAAAGUUUUCCACCUUACAAACCGAAACAAAACCACAGCGAUUAUAGAAAAGUAUGCUCAUUUUCGGAUAAUACAUACAUACAUACCCUGUACAAUCUGUUACUUUAUUUUCCUCUCCCCUCCCUCCCCCUUUCACCCUCUUUUGUAGGUAGGCUCUGGAGUUUUGCAUGUAUUCUUUGCACAAUAAUUACAUUGUUGAUGUUGAAUAAUAUGAUUCUGCAGAUGGAAAUUUUGAAUAAUGGAAGGGAAGAAAGGCUGUUUUUUUUUUCUUCA